AUGGCAUCGAUUGACUCAGUAUCUAAUACUCAGACCCCUUGUCCGCAUCCAGAUAGAUUCUCGUCACUACGUUCCUGCUCAGACUCAGUAUCUUCACAUACUGGUGACAGAAGUAAAGCCAAUACUCCGUCGCCUACCAACGCAUCGAUCACAGGCCGAUCCAAGGCGUCGGGGCCAUCUUCGUCCUCAAAACACUCAAAUAGCUUUAUAGCAGCAGUUGUUGAAGGCCGUGGUACCAGAGCGGAAGUUGGCUUAUGCAUUUGCGAUCUUAAGACAAGCGAGGUUGUUCUUUCACAGUUAGCUGAUUCCUCAACUUACGCGCUGACACUGGCAAAACUGAGCGUCCAUGCGCCCUUCGAGAUCCUGGUCCCCGCAACAGCAGUAGGCCCGGUAAAAUCCAAGCUCGUCGUUGCUAUUGAAGAGUAUUUGCCAUUCAGUACGAUCACGCCAGUUUCGCGACAGCUUUUCAGCGAUACAACCGGUUUACAGUACAUCCAAAAAUACAAUGUCAAAGAGGAUUCCGCGUCUUUACUACUUGGAAUCCCGACGAAGUACUUUUGUUUAGCCGCUACUGCGGCCGUCUUUCACCAUAUUGAGGAAAUGCGCAAUGCAACUUUCUUGAGUCAUUCAGUCCUAUUCAAGUACCAGAUCUGUUCGGAAUUCAUGAUCAUGGACUGCACUACCACUAAAAAUCUUGAGCUCACUGUCAAUUUAUCAGGUCGAAAUGACAAAGAGACGCUGUUUGGGGUUCUGAAUGAGACGUUGACCCCCAUGGGGUCUAGAUGUUUACGAACUAAUAUCUUGCAGCCGCUCUGCGACCAGAAAACUAUCAAUACGCGCCUAGAUUGCGUCCAAGAGCUUUCUCAGAAUGAAGACACAUUCUACGCCCUUAAAACUGGACUCAAAGCAUUUAGAGACACUGACCAUCUUAUCACCUCGUUUAUUCAAGUACCAACUAAGCCAAGUAUCAAGCACUCAGAGCAGAGCGUCAAUCGCAUCAUUAAUCUAAAGCAUACAUUGCAUUCCUUUGCUGCCGUUACAGAGGCAUUGAAUCCAUGCAAAAACAGACUUCUAAAGACAAUCCAUCGGCUUUUGAGCGAUUUUCGUCUAGCCAAGUUUAUGGAGCUGAUCGAUAAUGUCAUCGAGCCAACUGUCGUUUUAGAAAAAACUGCCUUGGGACUCCGAAACCAACGAUGUUUUGCUGUCAAAGCUGGAUAUAACGGGCUCCUUGAUGUUGCGCGCCAGACUUAUAAGGAAGCAAUUAACGACAUUUUUGAUAUAGUAAACCGCUAUGUAGAGGAGUAUGACAUUAGCCUCAAAAUCCAAUUCAGCGUAACGAUGGGAUAUUAUCUCUCAGUGACAAUGGACCAGCUCACAGGGGCCGAGCUACCACUAGCAUUCAUCAAUGUUGUCAAGAAAAACAAAACUUUAACAUUCACGACACUCGAGCUUGUCAAGAAAAACGCCAAGAUUAAUGACUCCUUGAUGGAAGUCUACUUGAUGUCCGAUAAGAUCGUCAAUGAUCUUUCCAACGAGAUCCAGUCUGACAUCGUGGCCCUCUACAAAGCUUCGGAAGCCAUCGCUUUGCUAGACAUGAUAUUGUCAUUCGCUCAUCUGUGUACAGUGAGGAAUUAUGUCCGACCAGAUUUUGCAGAUACUCUCGUCAUUAAGCAAGGCAGGCACCCGGUAGUUGAAAAGAUCCACUCAACACAUUUCGUGCCGAACGAUACAUAUGUUAGUGCGGCAAAUACAUUUCAAAUCAUUAGCGGUCCGAAUAUGAGCGGCAAAUCGACUUACCUGCGACAAGUAGCUCUAUUGACGAUUAUGGCCCAAAUAGGAUGCUUUGUACCUGCUGAAUAUGCUGCUUUUCGAAUUACAGAACAGCUUUUCAGUAGGAUCUGCAGUGACGAUAGCAUUGAGCUCAACGCAUCAACCUUUAUGCUCGAGAUGAAAGAAAUGGCUUAUAUCCUUCAUAACGUCAACGAGAAGAGCCUUGUCAUCAUUGACGAACUUGGUCGAGGAACAUCCACGCAUGAUGGCCUCGGGAUAGCGUUUGCAGUCUGUGAAGACCUGAUUCACUCCCGAGCCUUUGUAUUCUUUGCCACUCAUUUUCAAGAGUUAACAAGAACACUAGCCGUGUAUCAUAACGUUGCCAAUCUGCAUCUGGAAGCUGAGGUCAGAGAUAUCAAACUCAGAAGGGGUCCCGGCCUCUCUUUGGCAAAAUCUCUUGAUCUCCCACCUGAUAUCAUAUGUCGUGCAGUACAAGUCUCGGUGGGUUUGGCCAGCCUUCAGGAGAAAGCACGCCAAGGGUCUGAGAGCGAAAAAGUUGUUGCUCGUCGACGUGUCCUGGCUCAGAUUGCUCACGAAGUCGUGCUGAUUCAACAGGUAUCAGAGCGUAUGUCCCAGAAGGAGCUCAUAUUGGCGUUGCAGGACACACAGCAACGAGCCAUCGCGCAGAUGCUUGCGAUCCGUGGGCGGGGUUGA